CUAUAUAACAAAUAAUUUGAGGUAUGCCCCCAGCUGGAGUCACGACUCCUGCGGAGAGAAUGAUUGUGGAGCCAGUUCUCGUUGACAAUCUCAAGCCUCAACAUGAACGAAAACCAGGCCAUGCACCUGAAACAGAGGAAUUUGAGUAUGCUCCUUUGUCCAUAGCACUGAUUGCAUACCUCAAUCUGGGGUUACUUGUUGUGUUUGGUUAUAUCAGGGAUCUCAUGCGACUGUUCGGCUAUGAAUGCACUGUUGGGGCUAAAGAGUGGGGCAAUGAGGGGUAUCCUCCGUUAUAUCACGAGUUUGAAAGUUUCUACCAUAGAAAUGUGUACCACAGAGGCAGCAGACUCACAGCAGCACCAUUGGCUGGUGUACCGGGAGCUGAGAUUGAUAUCAUUGACCGGGACUGGGCUGACGCUUCUCUUUCUUCGUUCAAGCUGAGUGAGAAGAAACGAAGGUACCUGAACGUUGGUAGUUACAAUUACUUGGGAUUCGCAGAGAAUGAUGGCUAUUGCUCCAAACAGACUAUCCAAGAGAUCAGAAGAAAUGGAUGUGGAGUCUCUUCUCCACGACAGGAAUUAGGUACCCUAGAAAUUCACCGACAACUAGAAAUUUUAGUAGCUCAGUUUCUAGGAAAAGAAUCUGCUUUGUGUUUUGGGAUGGGAUUUGCAACAAACUCUCUGAACAUUCCCGCCAUUGUCGAUGAAGGCUGCCUAUUGAUAAGCGACUCUCUCAACCAUUCCUGUGUAAUCCUGGGUGCACGACUAUCUGGAGCUAAAAUAGCUGUAUUUAAACAUAACGAUAUGGAGGAUUUGGAGCGGGUACUGAAGCGUCACAUAGUCAUGGGGCAGACAAGAACAAGGCGCCCCUGGAGGAAAAUACUCAUCUGUGUUGAAGGGCUGUACUCAAUGGAGGGAACAAUGUGUAAUUUACCUGCUAUAGUGGCACUUAAGAAGAAAUAUAAGGCGUAUUUGUUUAUCGACGAGGCACACAGCAUCGGAGCCAUGGGAGAAACUGGACGAGGGGUGAGCGAGCAUUUUGGAGUAGACACUGCAGAUGUGGACAUCAUGAUGGGAACUUUCAGCAAGAGUUUCGGAGCUUGCGGUGGCUAUCUUGCUGGCACCAAGGACACGAUAGCGCACCUGAAGCGAGAGUCCCAUGCGCACACGUACGCAUCGCCAAUGUCUCCUCCAGUCGCCAGACAGAUUAUCGCCUCCCUGACUAUGAUCAGUAGCACUGAGGAGGGCAAGGGAAGAUUACGGCAACUGGCUGAGAAUACCAGGUACUUCCGGGAUGAGUUAAGAAAGCGAGGAUAUAUUAUCUACGGAGAUUCUCACUCGCCGGUCAUUCCAAUGAUUCUCUUUACCCUCGCUAAUAUAUGUGCGUUUGCAAAGGAGUGUCUAAAUCGAGGGUUAGCAACUGUUAUCGUAGCAUUUCCUGCCACCACCAUGUUGGGUGCCAGAGCGAGGUUUUGUAUGUCAGCAUCCCAUACUCGGGAACAUCUCGACAGGGUGCUGGCCAUCCUAGAGGAGUUGGAUCCUAUGAUAAAUCUCAAAAUGUCAGCUAAAAGACCUACCUCAGCCUUUAUGGACUUUUGGAGACAUUUCUUUACUCGACCAGCCAUUCCUACCAGGGCUGUAGAUGAAGAAGGUUGAGGAAUCAUUCCAUGCUGUUUUACUGAAAAAAGCAUUCCUUCCUCCUACGACCCCACAGUGAUCGGAAUUAUUUGAAUUUCAUCGAUAUCGAAUCGCCCGGGUCUUGAUGUGAUAUCGAAAAACACUGUAUUGUAAUUGAUUAUCGAUUUGUAAACUGUUUGUAAAUUAUGUCAUUUUUUAUCAUUCAAGCCUGUGCCAAUAGAUUUAUAGUUUAUUGACAGCUUAGAAUACUUAAUUGAUGCUAAUAAAUCGAUUAAUUGAUUCAACCAAGCCAAUGUUGAUCAGUUGGUUGAUAUUGAUUGUUUCACAGAUGAUAUGAGUUCUAGAAAUUUUCCUUGCAUCGUUUCUUGAUGGAAGAAGUUUUGGCCUUUUCCAUUGUGUUUGGUAACAGUUAAGUGUAUUUGUGCCUAAAAGUAAAAGUAUAGCAGCAAUGAACCAGAAUAAAGAGCGAAUUUUGAUAUAGAUCAGAUAUUUUCUUAAAUCGUCAAUGGAGUUCGACGCAAUGAAUUUUAAAAGUUUUGAUAGAUUUAAG